CAUUAGGUUGUGAAAACUAGUGGGCAAAAACUGAAGAACAAUAGAGAGUAUAUAGAUAGAAAUUAGAAUCAAUUGCGCGCCUUGCCAUCAAUGACAUCUGAUCGUUAUAUUUGAGUCACUUAUGCACAUCGGAAACUAGUGUUUCAAGAAAGAGUGAAGAACAAUAAAGAGUUGAGAUGGCACUUUGCCGGCAACGACAUGUGAUCGUUAUAUGCAAGUCACUUAUGCGCGUCCUCUCAUUGUCCAAGAUUCUCCACUCUUGAACUCGCUCCUCCACCAAGGAAAAAUUUCUCCGUUAUCAUGGAAGCUCCGCCAGAGACUAAACUCGCUACCCCGACUCCCCUUCCCCAGCAGAAACAGCCUGAUGCUCCACCUAUCGUCGGGAGCACUUUUGAGAGCAACGGAACGGCUUAUCACACCCGAAAUGAUGCUCCGCAGCAUACUUCGGCUCUGACCAAGUUUCUCGAAGAUGAUGCUAACGAGAGGGUCGUAUUUUCUCUCGAUGAAUUUGUGACCUUCAUUCUUGAUCUUCCAACCGAUUGGAAGGUCAAAGAGGAAUUCAGCCUGCCACCGACAAGCACAGCAGUAACAGAGGCACUCGGAGCAUACCUGAAGGUUGCGAUAAAAAUAGCGGAGGGUAAAAGGAAGAAAUGGAGGAAUGCUGCAACAAACGAGAUCGAGCUGAACCAGCCCCUGACGAAAGUCUUGGAUACGUUGAAAGGCAGAGAGGAACAGUUAAGCAGAGAGCUUGACGAGGAGGUCUUCCGCGUUGAAAAUCCUCACCUAGUAUUGGGUUCACUGUUGAAGAGAAACCCAGGCUUGGGUGGAAUAUACAAUCAGCUGUUGAAACUCACCGAGAACAAGAAACUCUCCACAUACCUCGCGGAGAAAAACAUUUUCGGGGUUUUUUGGUGGCUCCUCCUCUUGUUUGCAGAGCUCAAGCUCAAGAAAAGUUUUGCCGAACCAGAUAUUCAGACAGAAAGUACGUCACACGGGACACCCGUGAAUGAAUCAUCACAGUCAUCGGUCAUUGAAGGAUUGCGGCCUGGUUCGACGGUCGCUCCGCAAGCAUUACCAAUCCCUUCGAAUCUCAGUCUUUCAGGACGUCCGUCACACCCCAAAUCGAAUAAGCGGCUGAGGUCGAAUGAAGAACUGGAUUCUACAAUCGUCCGGCCGAACAAGAAGUUUAAAUCUCGUUCAACGUCCCGGUCAGAGUCACGAGCCUUUAGAAGAUCUGAGAGAGGUUCAAAGAGAAAAGUUAAGCACCCGAAUCCUCCGCCCGCCGUCGAGAUCCAAUCCGUUGCUUCUACACCUUUCCCAUCAACUCCAUCCACUCCUACAGCCACCAGCUUUGAGGGCAGGGAUGGACCUCGAGUCACCAUUCAAUGUAAAAAUAAAACGAAAACGGUGAUCGCGACGUUGCAGGAAGCAAGAGCGGAAGGAAUGUCAAGAGCAGAGCAGAAUGUAAUCCAGGCACAGGGCCAGCACCCAACUUCAAGAAAAUGUGCGACAGAGAUGAUUUCGACUGAAUCCAUGGAUGUCGAUUUUACUUUCGCGCAUUAUCGUGGUUCAGAGGUCGAGAGCGAGCACAACAAUGAGUGGAAGAAACUCGUUUUGGCCAUGAUAUGCCAGCUGAAGAAGCUGCCUACGGAAAAACUUGUGUUUGUUCCUACGUUGGUCCUCAAUGGCUUCGAUUACCUUCGGGACCCAGAGCAGUUCUUACAAGAAUUUGCUGACGAUCCGCAAGGCUUGAUCGACGCUGUCUACUCCUUCAAAGAAGUUGACGGUCGCACGCGGCAAGUUAUCAUCAAAUCAAUCCUAUAUCAUGCGACGGACAGUGUUGGCUUGCGCUCGAUUAUUGUCGACGUAGAAUGCCUCUGCACAAAACCUGGCUGUGAAUGGCAUGGGAAUGGGAGAAAGAUUGUGAAGAUCAGUUACAUGUCCACGACUCGGACAUCGGAACCACGACUUAUCAAGGAGGUCAGAUUGAAAGCAGAGUCCACCAGCGAACUCUGGGCACUCAACCAUCUUCCAAAUCCAAUUCACUCACUCACUCUACUCCCCAAUAGAAGGAAAGCGUCUCACAGACGCUUGAAAAAAAAUCUCAAGGAGAAAUAUAAAGAACGAGCGAUGCAUGUCACAGUUCACGAGCAACUUUAUCCGCUUUCUGAGUUGGAAGAUCCGCGAGAUUUCGCGCAAGUGUUUUACGACAUACUACAAAUUCAUCAAUGGCUUUAUGACUGUGGUGGAAUUCUGCAUGGUGAUCUCAGCUUGGGCAACAUCAUGUUCAGACGCAAAGAUGGCAAGAUUUAUGGUGUCUUGAAUGAUUACGACCUCUCUUCUCGCGUCGAAGACGUGGACAACGGCGACAACCGUACGGGUACCAGACCAUUCAUGUCUCUUGAUAUGCUGAAUUCCUACUGGGAAUGGGGUCACCUUUAUCACCACGAUCUGGAAUCAUUGUUCUAUGUCAUGCUUUGUCUUGCUUGUCGCUACCAGAAACCUGGAAUUCCUGCUGACGAACCCCGACCUUAUUCGGAAUGGUACAGUGGCACCGAUAUACAAGUAUACGUCGAGAAGCGUAGCUUUAUGUUCACCGUUAUCAAGGCUGAUUUCCCUGUUCAACCUUAUUUUGUGGGGCUUAGACACUGGCUGUCGAAAAUUUUUUGGGAAGUACGUGCUGGUUAUAACCAGCCUCCACUGUAUUACUGGCUUGAUGGCGACGAGGUGGAGGAGAUCAAGAAUUAUGACCGGUACGCAUUGAAUAAACCCGUCACCUAUGCUGGAAUGCGGUUAAUAAUGUCCUCCUUUGAGGGGGAAACUCUCCAAACUCGGUGGUCAGGUUGGAACCGGGAUCAUUAACAUACUUGCUCGAAAAGUGAUAAUACCUUCACUUUAAAUAAGAGUUAGACUUUACUAGCUUCAAUAGUCACGGUGUAGACAAAUCAUGCAGUGGUUCGCCCGCGGCAAUAUUAUGUUCAGACGCUUAGACCGCAAAAUAUACAGUGUAUUGAACGAUUUCGACCUUUCCUCUUGCGUCGGAGAUAUGGAUAAUGGUUCCACUUCCGGCCCAAGUACCGGUGCCAGACCGUUCAUCUUCUAAAUUCCGCUCGGAAGAGUGGGCUCUUUUAUCACCAU